AGCCAACUGUUGCCUGGGAAUAACUUCACAAAUGAAUGCAACAUUCCUGGAAACUUCAUGUGCAGUAAUGGACGCUGUAUCCCAGGGUCCUGGCAGUGUGAUGGGCUGCCAGACUGCUUUGAUGACAGUGAUGAGAAGGAAUGCCCAAAAGCCAAAUCCAAAUGUGGCGCCACAUUCUUCCCCUGUGCCAGUGGGAUCCACUGCAUCAUUGGCCGCUUCCGCUGCAACGGCUUCGAGGACUGUCCCGAUGGCAGCGAUGAGGAGAACUGCACAGCAAAUCCCUUGCUUUGCUCUACUGCCCGAUUCCACUGUAAAAAUGGUCUUUGCAUUGAUAAAAGCUUUGUGUGUGACAGUCAAAAUAACUGCCAAGACAACAGUGAUGAAGAAAGCUGCGAAAGCCCUCAAGAGGCAGGCAGCGGCCAAGACUACGUGACCUCAGAAAACCAGCUGCUUUACUACCCUAGUAUUACCUAUGCCAUCAUUGGUAGCUCUGUCAUUUUCGUACUUGUGGUGGCUUUUCUUGCCUUGGUCCUGCACCACCAGCGGAAGCGCAACAAUCUCAUGACGCUGCCGGUGCAUCGCCUGCAGCACCCUGUGCUGCUGUCCCGGCUGGUGGUCCUGGAUCACCCACACCACUGCAGCGUCACCUACAAUGUCAACAACGGGAUACAGUACAUGUCCAACCAGGCCUACCACAGGCCCGUGGACCUGGACUCCCCGCCAUCCUACUCAGAGGCUGUGCUCGAUCAAAGCAGACCACCUUGGUUUGACCUUCCUCCACCACCUUAUUGUUCUGAAUCUGAAUCCCCUAAUCAACCAGAUCUUCCUCCUUACCGAUCUCGGACAGGAAGCUUGGCCAGCACAGACACCCCCAGGGCAGAAAGUCCUCUGGGCACAUCCGACAGUUGGACAAGAGACAUCCAUGGCAGCAUGGAUGGCCACAGAACUCUUCUUGGGAGGACAGUAGAUCAGAGCAAUUCUCUGGUCAACCACGUCGCUGAAAGAGAAGUGUAACUGCUCCAGUAUUUGGGACGGGCAGGAAGGCAUUUACUCUGUAUGAGUUAGUCUGCAGUGGCUAAUAGGUUUCAGGGGGACAUGUGCCUGAAUGAUGACUUGAUUUGAAUUCACAUUAAGUUAGUAUUUGAAUGCAGCAUUUUGGGCUCAUCAAGUACAGAGGGCUAAACCUGGAGUCACAUCAACUUUCCAUAAUAUUUCUGUGAGCAGGCUCUGAUUCAGACAAGUAAGAGAAACAUCAGUACUGUGUCAAAAGAACUGAUGUGAUGUAUUUAUUGGACUGUUUACUGUAUAUGAAUGUAUAUAUGUAUGUGUAUAAUAUAUACAGAAGUUCCACACAAGAACUGUGCCAGAAGGACUCUUGUUUUCAAACUGCCUCCCAUCUUGUCAACAUCUGAGCUGUUUCUUCUUACUGCCUGGUGCCAACUGGUGGUCAAUGAAGCACGUGAGGCAGUCGUUCUGCUUGGAGAUCUGAUGUCCAGUGCCAGCCCCCUGGCAGUGCUCAGAUUGCAGAUGUCCUACUUGACCCCUCUCUUCAUGCCUGGAACAUUCUCACCAUGAAGGAGUUUUAAGCUUGUAAGGAUGCAACAACUGUAACUGAGCAAACAAGGUUUUUUUCACAGAUGCUAGUAUCUAGGCCAGAUUUGCAUGGGUUGUCUCAGCAACACCACAAAGGUUUAUCUGUCAGACUUCAAGGCUGAGUACAGAGGCACUGAAGCAUCUCAAAAACACAGUUCAAGAUUUCUUUUCCUGUGUGGAAAAACAACAUUACUCCAUGUGUUCCCUCUUUAAAAAAAACAAAAAAACAAAAAAACAAAACACCACAAAUAAAUAACAAAACAAAGAAAACACCCGAAUUAUUAAAGCUAAAUCUUCAACACCAAAACCAGUCUGAGGCAAACACCCAGCACAGAAAACUUUAAGUUCAAUGGCUAGUUUGUUUUAUCGGUAAAAUAUCUGAAAGUAGGUUGUGGUGGAAGGUGUUAGGCUUGUUGUCCCUGUCUUUAGUGUGUGUAAGUACAUGCAUGGAUAUACAUGUGUAAUAUUAUGUGUAGGUAUGUAUGUAGUGCAUCACAUAGGUUUAGUUCCACUGCUCCACAAGAACUCUAGGCUGUCAAAGUUUCAUUUUUGAUGAUCUCAUUUUUUAUAGAGUUUGCAUUAUUCAUGUUCAUUUGGUUGAAAUUCUAACUUCUGCAGAAAACCGGGAUUAUUUAUGUCUGUUUUGUCCUAACUCUUGGAAUGAUCUCCUGUCGAGUGUGUUUCAGUGCACCUUAUUGAAAUCACACAUGUGAAAGCAUCUCAGAGGUAAGGGUAUUCAGAGUGGUAAGAGCGAAGAAGCCAUGAGUUUAAAUGCCACUGCAGUGCAGUGCUUGUGCUCCAUAUACAGAAAACAAUGCAGUGUCUUCCUCUUGUCCAGGCAGAAAUUUGCCUUGAAAAAUUAUUUGUGUUUGUCUAUCCUGCAUUUCCCACUCCUUCUAUGCAAAAGAACCAUGCCAUUAAGCACCCUUUGCUGUUCCAAGGAAAUGAAGGAGGCAGACUGCCCACACCUCUUGCUUUCCUCUUCCCCAUCUUUCUAAGGUAACUUCUUUCACCCAAAAGUUACAUGUUCAGAACCCAAGAAUUUUAGAGCUGGAGUGUAGGUAGGGGAACGAUUCAAAUUCAGUCUCAGUUCCCACACGUACACCUGAAUUUUUUGGUGUUUUUUUUUCAUUUCCAGUUCUGAGGUCUACUGCCAUGUUAUGUAAGAGGCAGGGCUGGAUAGAUUUGCAAGCACAGGUACCAGAACUGAGAUGAUGUGGGGGGAAGUACUGGAGAAUUGUAAUGCUGAUGGGCUUGGCUGACUUUGGAAGCAGAUUAAUGGCAGCCUGUCGUGAAGUCUUGUUGACGUUGUUGCUCCUAGGUUCUUGUAAUGUAAUGUACAAGAUUGGGUAAGAUUUCAUCCUUGCUGGGAACUCAAGCAUUUAAUUAUGCUGCUCUUCACCAAGCAGGAUUUGGCUUAUUAAUGACUCCAUCCGACAUUGUAGGCAGACUGUUGUCAUUGUCACAUAGCGGACAGUUUAUUUUACAGGUACAUCAAACUCAGGUACAUGAAUAGUUAAUAGUACAGGCAGGUGUAGGGAUGUCUCCUGUGACCACUGGGCCCUGCUGUCCAUCUUGCCUUUUAUUAAGAUUAUGUUUGGCCUUUGUAAGACAGCUAUACCAGAAUGAGGUAUCAGAAUUAACCUUGGAUGUUCUUCUACUGCAGUUUUAAAUCUUUAUAUUGGACUUGAAAACAUACCAUUGAAGAGUUUGCAGUAGUUUCAUUGGAAUUAGGUAUCUUUUUUAUUUUAAAGGUGCCUAAGGCUGUAUUAAUGAAACUAAAUCAUUGUGUCCAGUAUCCCUCAAACAAGCCUUCCAUGGGGAAUUACAUUUCACCAUGUGUAUUCUAAGAUACCAGUGUGUGUUCAAACCAAAUAUUUUGUGCCUAUGGCAUCUGAAAAACAUUGCCUUGCAUUGCUAAGAAGUGGGAAAAGAGUGAAUAUAGCCUGCUUCUCUGCCUUCUGUGUCAGUCACUUUUAUAUAUGUACAAAUAUAUAUAUUAAAAAUACUCUUUCAGGUUGUAUAUAUUCAUGUAACUUUUGCGUUAAGAUAGUCCAUUAGGACUUUACAGAGAACAAAAAAAAGAAAAAACAUUCUAAAUGGUGUGACAUUUUCCCUUCUAGCUAAGGGAGUAUUUAUCUUUGUAUAGGAAUCUUCUAGUUUUUGAGAACACAAGUUAUAAAAGAAGAUGGUGCCUUUCUGUUUGAAUGUUGAUUUGGGAGGCUGUUAACUACAUUUCUGGGUGUUGUUACAUAUCAUUGUCUAGAGAUCCAAAAAGAGCAACAAAUCUUGUCUUCCUCUUCAUUAUUAUUCAUGGGGACCACUGAACUUUGAGGAUGACAGAAGUUCAGUACCUUGCUCCAAAAAGACAUGCUAAAACUUGGGGUGCUUGGUCUUACUACAUUUUUCUGGUUUGCAGAACAGGUUUGCUAGCUGGUUGCUUUGGAAAUUGCUGUAGUAUUAUACAGGAGUUGUUUAUGAUAUGUCACUUUUAGUAGUGUUAAUACAGCAUUACGCUGCACUAAUCAGUGGAAUCUUUGGGAAAUCUGCUGAUUAAAUUAAAUAUUUCAUUGACAAUCAGUAGCUUUUCAGCAUUUAGGCUGAAGUUAAAUGUUCAUCCAAUACCACAUGGUAGGAUUUCUUUUCAAUAGUGGGUAAAAUUGGAAUUGAUCAUCCUAUUGUUUGCAGUUGCUCUUAACUUUUUAGUUUGAGGUUAGUUGUCCAACAGCUUUCUUUUCUACUUAAUAUUUAAACAAGUGGAUGUUAUUUCAAAGACCCAUUCUUACAAAAGUAAAAUCAAUUAAAGUUUUCUUCCAGAACUGAAUUCUGUUUCCACAUCUGUACUGAAUGGUGACCACUAUUGAGUAGUCCUCCUCAGCACAGCUAUUAAUGUAUUUGAACAAAAGAAUUUGAAGAAAUGACUACUUGAGGUAAAUAAAGAAAUGUGGAUUAGCCUAUUGGAAAUAAGGUUAUUUAAAACAAACAAGUAAAUAAAUUUCAGGAGUUUUGAGUGUCUAUAACCUCUGCUGAAAUCAGUGCUGUGUAUUUAAAAUUAGGCCAUUAAUGUUUCUGCUUGAUAGUAAUCUGAAAUUCCUUGUAAGGCAAAUUACUGUUUGCCUCUGGUAUUGGAAAUGGAAAACUGGCAGUAAUGCUCUUAAAAGAGAGCCUGUGAAUAAUUUUCUUGGCUCUUCUCUGCAAUGACAUACACAACAACACUGACUGCAUUGCAAUUUUUAAAUAACUCUGCAUUCAUUCUUACUUUCUUUUUAAGUCAAAUCAGUUUUAUUUACACCACUUCACUUUGAUACAGCUAAUAGGGCCCUUGUGAUAGAUUUAGAAACUGAGUGGAGGAAAGAGAUGACUUUUAUUUUAAUUAAUGCUGCAGCUUGUUAAUCUUGUGCUCUUUACUUUUUAGACAUCUUAGGAAAGACAAGUGGUUUUAGCAGAUAAGAAAAACUAUUAAUGAUGAAAAGGAUGGAGGGACACUGAUUCUGAUUUUUAAUGAAUAUUUAAAAUUGUAUGAAUGAAGGAAAAAUUUAAUGCUGUAUUUUUAAUGUGGUGAUCAGAUGACAAGUACUGUCUUUAACUGUUGCUUAUUGGAAGUUACUUUGCAUAUAAUGUCUGUAAUUAAAACUGUAAGACAAGGGCUUUUCUUGCAGUUCUUAAUAGAUCUGAAGUAUUUUUUUAUUAACACAAGGUUAUAUUACACCCAUGGACUAAAAUGUAGACUGCAGAAAGAAUUUGAAUACUGUGCUGGAUUCUGCCUUACUGUAUCCCAGUACAGAACAGUGGCCUUCAUUUGUCCUUUUUUUUUUUUUCUUCUGAUCUGAGGGGCUUCGUCAACUUGAAAUGGAGAAGUUAUCUAAACACUUUAAGGGAAGUUGUAUGUUGAAACGUAACCUUGUCUUAAACUUUUGUAAACUGGAAAUCUUAAAAAAUGUAUUCUGUAUUCCUGAAUAAAAUUGGUGUUUUAAUACUGUU